AUGACGUUGAAUCCUGAUUCUCUUCCCGACCUCACUGGCAAGGUAUACAUCGUGACCGGCGCGACGUCCGGCAUAGGCUACUCUACAGCAUCCCGCCUCGCCCAAAAGAACGCACAUGUCUACAUCUGUGCCCGCACAACCGAAAAGGGCAAUGCGACCAUUUCAACCAUCAUCUCCACUCAUCCUCAUGCUCAACUCAGCGUCCUGGUCAUGGACCACCUACGAUUAUCUUCCGUUGUCACAGCAACGCAGCACUUCCUGUCCAAGGAGACGAGAUUGGACGGGCUAGUGAAUAACGCAGGGAUCAUGGCGACGCCCUUUGCCAUGACAGAAGACGGUUACGAAGCACAAUGGCAGACGAAUUACCUCGCGCACUGGGUCUUCACAUCGCAUCUUCUACCGCUGCUGCGUGCGACUGCGACGCGUGCGAAGGCAGAAGGUAGUCCGGCGGGUAGCGUGCGCAUCGUGAAUCUCUCGUCGUUUGGACAUUUCUCUGCGCCGACAGGCGGGAUUCAUUUCGCAGAUACGAGUCUAAGAGAUGGGAAGAAUAUGCAGCGAUACGGGCAGUCGAAACUUGCUAAUGUCCUACAUAUGAAGUCGCUCCAAGAGCGCUUCGGACCUAAUUCACCGUCCGUAGCUGCUGGUGACGAAGAGAUCUGGGUGUCAGCUGUACAUCCAGGUCUGGUGAAGAGCAAUCUAGGAGAUAGAGCUGAGUUGCCGGGCUUGAUGUGGGCUCUAAUCAUGCCGUUUCAGUGGAUUGGAGGAAUGGUAGACCAGGACAAGGGGAGUUGGACGAGCUUGUUUUGCGUUGCAAGCCCGGAGAUGAAGAGGGAGGAUAGUGGGAAGUACUUUCAGCGGAUUGCGGAUCCGAACGGGUGGCAAAGUGGGAUGGCGAAGGACGAGAAGCUUGCGGAAAAAUUAGAGGAUUGGACAAGGAAGGAAAUGGCAAAGGGUGGUUGGAUC